CCUCCUCAUGUUCUGCUGAGUGAAAUGAUGAAGAAGAUCCUGGAAGCUUCUCUCUUCCUCAGUGACGCCCCUGAAGGUCCGACAGUCACAGACCGCCUCUGACUUCCGUCUUCUGAACAUUUCUGGUUUCUAACCACGGUUCAGACAGACGCUGCUCCGUCAGAGAGCAGACAGAACUGAACCGGGUCCAGUUCUGGUAGAACCUGCUGAUGGAGCUGCUGGGGAUGGUUCUGGUUCUGGUUCUGCUCGGUUCAGAGGCUCAGAACCAGGAGAAUGUUAAUGUCUCUCUGGGUCAGAAUGUUCCUUUAACCUGCUCCAUUAAUGUUGGUGACAUCCACUGGUUCAUGGAGGAUCAGAACCAGUCCAGAAGAAGAAUCGGACUGAUCUUCUCUCAAACCGAUCCCAUCUACGACUCUCUGGACUUUGAGACCAAAUAUCUGAUGAUUAGAAACCAGCUGGUGAUCCAGAACUUCUCUGCUGAGGACAGCAGGAGGUAUUUCUGUGGGAAGAAGGAGAACGAUGCCAGUGGAGGGACUUUCAUCCUCAUCCCAGCUGUCCCUCUGUCCACCAGUCCCUCCGUCCCUGUGGUCGCCCCCACCGCUCCCCCCUGUGACUGUGAAGCUGAGAGGUUGACCUUCUCCAUCUACCGCUCAGCUGUGGUCCUCAGCCUCCUGCUCAGUCUAACAGCAGGUCAGUGUGGUGCUGGACAUGAAGACGUUCUGGUGUUCUGGAGGUGGACUGACUCUGCCGAUGUUCUGCUGCAGCUUUGCUUUGUUCCUGUUGGAGGAGGAGGAGAGUCCAGAGGGAGAAAGCUCCACAGCAGCAGGAGGAGCAUGAACUGAUGGAGCUACCUGCUCCUGGUGGACAUUGACCAUCUGGAAGAAGCUCCUGUCUCCAAAUGACCUGAACUCUGACCUCUGAUUAGGAAACCAGAACACG